AUGAGUCCUGCAGAGGCAACCUCAAUAGAGCCCAACGGCUCCAAUGCCUCGCAUUCGCCAAGCUCGACCGAUUCUGGCUCGAAAAAGCGCGGGCAGGCGACUGCGGGCGUUGACAGCAAUGGAAACCCAAAGCCGGUCAAGAGGAGGGCGGCGAAAGCUUGCGCUGCGUGCAGGGCAAGAAAGGUUCGAUGCGAUGUGAUGCAGAGAUACCACAUCACAGCAGACGGAGAAGUCACGUGCUCUAAUUGCACGAUGGAUGGCAUUAAGUGUGUGAUCGAGGAAAGCAAACGCCGGAAGAAGCAUUUGAACGGCGAAAGCGCGACUCCGGUCCCAACAACGCUCCCAAACAAUGGAGCCCUUCGCAAUUGGGGAAAUGGGAUUGUAAACCCUUCAGACAUCACCAAUCCAGAAGCUAGAAGGUGGAGCGGAUCAACUGCCAUGUCAAACGAUUUAGGAGGCGACCAGUUUACCGAUUCCCAUGUUCCUCAUCCAAUAUACCAAAACGUAACGAACCAGAUCAAUAGCCGUGAGAUCUUGAGGAAACAAAGCUAUAUUCCCGCUCCUUUCGACGCCGACCCCACCUACGCACUCCUGACAUCCGCCUCCAUCCAUGGAGACAGAAUGGCCACCCGACUGGGUACGCCGCCACUACUUCCUGCACCAAUGCUCAAACACAAGCUUCCGGAAUACUUAAAACCACUCCCUCAGCGUAUGACCUCUGUUGACAUCGACUACCUGUUCGCGAAAGGCGCAUUGUCGCUCCCCGAAGAUUCCGUACGAAAUGCACUCUUACGAAGCUAUUUGGAAUACGUACAUCCUUAUAUGCCAUUGAUUGAGGUCCACGAACUCCUGCAGAUCAUAAACGAUGGAACAGGAGAAACUGGACGGAUCAGCUUGUUGCUUUUCCAGGCAAUUAUGUUCGCUGGGACUGCAUUUGUAGAUAUGGAAUAUUUGAGGGCAGCGGGGUACUCAAAUCGGAAGGCAGCGAGAAAGGCAUUCUUCCAGAAAGCUAGGGUUUUGUACGAUUUCGACUACGAAAUAGACCGCGUUUCUCUCGUGCAAUCUCUCCUCCUUAUGACCUAUUGGUACGAAACUCCCGAUGACCAAAAAGACACAUGGCACUGGAUGGGCGUGGCAAUUUCCCUAGCACACACAAUCGGCCUGCACCGAAACCCUGAGAAAUCGAACAUGGAGCCUCACAAGAAGAAGCUAUGGAAGAGAAUAUGGUGGUCCUGCUUCAUGCGCGACCGCCUUGUAGCGCUUGGAAUGCGCCGCCCAACCCGCGUCAAGGACGAAGACUACGACGUCCCCAUGCUCACCGAAGACGAUUUCGAGAUCCAGCCACUCUCUGAAGACAUCGCCAUCAUCCCCAUGGACUGCACCUUAGUCCGAGACGCGGAGGCUCAGCGGCAGCUGGCGCAGAUGUGCAUCGCGAAAGCGAAGCUCUGUCUCUGCAUCAGCCACGUGCUGAGCGCGCAAUACUCGGUCCUGGUGAAGUGUCAGGGGAUGCAAGGCCAGGAAGGCAGCACGAGAUCGAGCGUCAUGUUGUUUCCCAAGAAAUUGGAUCAGACAGACGAGGUUCAGCGCUGUGAUGUUGAGCUGAGUGAUUGGAUUUCCGAACUCCCUUCUUCUUGCGCCUAUUCCAACGACCUUCAAGAUGGAAACAGUGGAGCUCCGCUCUUUGUGCAGAGAUCACUGCUUCACAUGGUGUACUUCACGACUCUCUCUGCACUACACAGACCCCAAGUUCUCCCCUCAGCAGCAACCUCGCAGCCCGACUCAUCUCGAGAGCUGCAAGACCUGUCACGCAAGAAGGUACGCGAAGCCUCCCGCGAGAUAACCCGCAUAUCCCAAGAUCUGCACACCCGAGCUCUGGAAAAGUAUCUCCCAACCACAGGCGUCACCGUCCUGCUCCCCGCAAUCAUCAUCCACCUGCUCGACAUCAAGUCCUGCAACGACGAAGCACGGCAGGCAGCCAUGGACGGCUUCUGCCAAUGCAUGCUCGUCCUCGAGAAGCUGCGCGAUAACUACGCAUCUGCGGACUUCGCGACGCAGUUUUUGGAAGCUGCAAUCCGGAAGGCGGAUAUCGAUGUCGUGAUGUCGACUUCGAAGAAUCUCUUCCGGCAAGAGGAUAUCCAGGCCGCGCUGUCGAGUGAUAAAGUGAGAGAGCUGAGAGAACAUGCUAAGAUGGCUGCUAUGAGAAGGACACCUCCUCUGAGCAGUGAACAGGACUUCAGACCUGACUUGCAUGGAAGCGGUAUGAUGGACAUCGGGAUCCCGAUCGGACGGCCCAUUGACCCUCACCACAACGCUAUCUCGGCUCACACUCCUCCUGACAGCGACACUACGAUGUCGACGCACGAAGGGAUGAAUGACUAUCAUCAGUUGAACCAACCUUUGGAUCUGAAUACCGUCUAUAACACAGAAAUUGUCGAUUUGAAUGAUUUCUUGAAUUUCGAUAAUGGGAAUGAGAUGUGGAAUGUUCCAUUAGAGGAGGGGGCGCACGGUGAGAGUGGGGGGUUCUUGGACUUGAAUUGGAUGGAUCAGGCGCCGGGGUGGAGUAGGUUGAAUAGUCCUGAGAGAGAUCUGUUUGCGCAGUCGGUAGAGGUGGAAGGGAUUGCCUAG